AUGAAUCAAGCUCCACCAGACAGGCCUAAUGAAUUACAAGCUCCAUUAUUGACUCUCACCAACACCCAAACUCAGUUCAUGACAGAGACUAGAUCUUCGAUCAGAAAUCUUGAAAUGCAAGUGUGGCAGUUGGCUAAUAUGCUAAAUAAUAGACCACAGGGAAACUUGCCUAGCAACACUGAAGUUAACCCUAAGGAGCAAGUUCAGGCAAUUACUCUGAGGAGUGGUAAACAAAUUGAGCAGUCUAGUGUACAACAAUCAGUGGUUCAGAAUGAAGGUUUUGGUGAAAAGUCUGAUAUAGCAGAGAAAAGGGUCACUGAAAAUCACAAGAGUACUGAGAGAGUUCCUCCAGUUGUUGUUGAUCAACCAGCCCGAAUGCCCAAAUAUGUAAAAUUCAUGAAAGAAAUUCUGUCUAAGAAAAGAAAGAUGGAUGAUUAUGAAACUGUGGCGCUCACUGAAGAAUGUAGUGCAAUAUUUCAGAGGAAGCUGCCCCAAAAGUUAAGAGAUCCAAGGAGCUUUACUAUACCUUGCACAAUUGGACAAUUUGAACGUAAGCAUGCUUUGUGUGAUCUGGGGGCGAGUAUUAAUCUGAUGCCCUUAUCUGUGUUCAGAAGACUUGGUUUGGGUGAGGUGAGACCAACAACAAUCACUCUACAAUUAGCAGAUCGAUCAGUGAAGCAUCCAUGGGGUAUCAUUGAAGAUGUUCUUGUGAAGGUGGAUAAGUUUAUUUUUGCUGUUGACUUUAUCGUUCUUGGCAUGGAGCAGGAUAUGGGUGUACCUAUUAUUCUCGGUAGACCAUUUCUAGCCACAGGCCAAGCUAUCAUUGAUGUUAAAAAGGGAGAGCUUAAACUCGGAGUUCAAGGAGAUGAGGUGGUAUUUAAUGUCUUCAAGGAAAUAAAGUAUCCGGUGGCUAGUGACAGUUGCUAUAGUGUGGAUGUGAUAGAGAAAGCAGUCUAA